UGUACAAUUUUUAUAGCAAUACAUUGCAUUGCGAUAUCAUAAUUUCAUCAUUCAUUAUAUUUAACAAAUAUAUACGUCCCUUUUUAAAAUCGUACUUAGUUGCUUUUUGCAUGAACAGGCAUUUAACGUCAAACCAUUGAGGUUUCUGUUGGGAAUGCUUCCAUAAACAUUUGAUGGUACAGGUGUUCAGUGCCCCCUAUGGGCAUAUGCGUGCAACUACAUGCAGACACUAUUUUUCAGAAUGGACUAUCAGCUUGGCUCUGUGUACAUCAAACCAAGCGACGCUUUCUGUGACUUAACGUGACGUGUUUACGGUGUGUCAAAACCUUGUGUACAUUUUGUGAGCGACUGAAAAACCGCCUGGGUGUUAGCAAGCGUCGCUAGGUAAAGCCUCUGCGCGGGGGACUGAGGCUUUGACUGCAGGCCAACAGUGAGGAUGAGGAGCCGCAGUAAUUCGGGAGUGAGGCUGGAUGGAUAUGCCAGGCUGGUCCAGGAGACUAUCUUAUGCCACCAGAACCCAGUGACGGGGCUGCUGCCUGCCAGCACCCAGAAGAAGGAUGCCUGGGUGCGGGAUAAUGUGUACAGUAUUCUAGCUGUGUGGGGGUUGGGCAUGGCUUAUCGCAAGAAUGCGGACCGGGAUGAGGACAAGGCCAAAGCCUACGAAUUGGAACAGAGUGUGGUCAAACUGAUGCAAGGACUUCUACGUUGCAUGAUGAGGCAGGUUGCCAAGGUGGAGAAGUUCAAACACACUCAGAGCACCAAGGAUUGUUUGCAUGCCAAAUAUGAUACUCCCACCUGUGCUACUGUGGUUGGAGACGACCAGUGGGGUCAUCUUCAGGUGGAUGCCACUUCAAUUUACUUACUGAUGCUGGCACAGAUGACAGCGUCAGGUCUUUGUAUCAUCUCAAACAUGGAUGAGGUAGCUUUUAUCCAAAACCUGGUCUUCUACAUAGAGGCUGCAUACAAGGUCGCGGACUAUGGCAUGUGGGAGCGAGGUGACAAAACCAAUCAGGGCAUCCCUGAACUCAAUGGUAGCUCUGUCGGAAUCGCUAAGGCAGCUCUUGAGGCUAUCGAUGAGCUGGAUCUUUUCGGUGCCCAUGGAGGCCCGAAGUCGGUUAUCCAUGUUCUUCCUGAUGAAGUGGAGCACUGUCAGUCCAUUCUGUGCUCCAUGCUACCCAGAGCUUCUACUUCCAAGGAGAUAGAUGCUGGUCUUCUGUCUGUUAUUUCUUUCCCUGCCUUUGCAGUGGAGGAUGCUGACUUGGUGGCCAUCACCAAGUCAGAAAUCAUCAGCAAAUUGCAGGGACGAUAUGGCUGCUGUCGCUUCAUUAGGGAUGGAUAUCGUUGUCCUAAAGAGGACCCAUCCCGGCUGCAUUAUGAUCCUGCAGAGUUGAAACUGUUUGAGAAUAUUGAAUGUGAGUGGCCGGUGUUCUGGACUUACCUCAUUCUUGAUGGUAUCUUUACAGGAGACCAAGUGCAGGUACAGGAAUACCGUGAGGCACUGGAGGCUGUUUUGAUCCGAGGAAAAAAUGGCAUCAAAUUACUGCCUGAACUUUAUGCUGUACCAAUUGACAAGGUGGACGAGGAGUACAGCAACCCCCACACAGUGGACAGAGUCGCCUUGGGACAGGUACCUCACAUGUGGGGACAGUCACUUUACAUCCUGGGCUGCCUUCUUGCUGAGGGCUUUUUGGCACCAGGAGAGAUAGAUCCUCUCAACAGACGCUUCUCUACCAAUUUCAAGCCAGAUGUCGUUGUACAAGUUUGUGUCUUAGCAGAAUCAGAAGACAUCCAGAAGUUGUUGAGUGAUCAUGGCAUCAAGGUCCAGAUGUUGUCUGACGUUCACCCUAUUCGGGUUCUGCCUGCUCGCAUCCUGAGCCAUGUCUAUGUCCGACUGGGUAAUGACUGUAAAUGUAAUAAUGCAUGUGGGUGUGUGCUGUUAACUUGUUCUUGUGCCACAGGGAAUUGCAAAAAGCUCAAAUUAAGUGGGAGGCCUUACAGACAUAUUGGAGUUUUGGGAACAUCCAAGUUUUAUGAGAUCAGAAACCGCUCUUAUAUAUUCACCCCUCAGUUUCUGGAUCAGCAUCAUUUCUACUUGGCCCUCGACAACCAGAUGAUUGUGGAAAUGCUGCGGACGGAAGUGGCCUACCUCUCCUCCUGCUGGAGAAUGACAGGACGGCCCACUCUGACCUUCCCCAUCACCCGCAGCAUGCUUGUGGAAGAUGGCAAUGCAGUUGAUCCGUGUAUCCUGGCAACACUCAGGAAGCUGCAGGAUGGCUAUUUUGCUGGAGCAAGGAUGCAGAUGUCGGAGCUCUCCAGUCUGCAAAACACUUCCUUCCACACUCGCCUCAGCUUCUUGGAUGAAGAGAACGAUGACAGCUUGCUUGACGAGGUUACAGAAGACGAUAAAGACUAUGGUGAAGAAUACAGCAACUGUGAGCCUUUGGAUGGCUCAAACAACAUGUUUGACCAGUACCUUACUGAGCUUCUCCACAGCACCACAACCCGGUGUCAUCUUCCUCCCAUCCAGAGUGGGCAGCACCACGUGUUCAGUGCUGAACACACCACCAGAGAUAUCCUGUCCUUUAUGGCCCAGGUUCAGGGUCUCCACGUGCCCAAGUCUUCCAUGUAUCUUCCUGUUACCCCUCUCAUGAACAAGCACCGCAAAUCUCUCAACCUGCUAGAGGUUCCUCAGCCUGGUCCACAUGGACUACAGCACAAAUCUCGCAGUGCUGCUGAUCUUCACCUGCCUCGAGAUGCCCAGGGCAACACUGACUUUGCGUCACUGGUGAGGCAGCUGAAGGAGUGUCCCACUCUGCAGGACCAGGCGGACAUUCUUUAUGUCCUCUAUGUGAUGAAAGGAGCGGAUUGGCUGGUAGAGCUGUCAGGUCCGGGCCAGGGGGGAGUGAGCGUACGUACUCUGUUGGAGGAGCUGUAUGUACAAGCUGGAGCUUGCAAGGAAUGGGGUCUCAUCAGAUACAUCUCUGGAGUACUACGCAAAAGAGUGGAAGUCCUCUCUGAGGCCUGCACAGAUCUUAUUUCUCAUCACAAGCAGAUAACAGUGGGUCUUCCUCCUGAACCCAGAGAAAGAGUCAUCACUGUUCCUCUUCCUCCUGAGGAACUGAAUUGUCUCAUCUAUGAAGCCAGUGGUCAGGACAUCAGUGUUGCUGUGCUUACACAGGAGAUCAUGGUCUACUUAGCCAUGUAUGUGCGCUCCCAGCCUGCCUUGUUUGGAGACAUGCUCCGACUCAGAAUAGGACUCAUCAUGCAAGUGAUGGCCACUGAGCUGGCUCGCAGCCUGAGAUGCUCUGGGGAGGAGGCCUCUGAAAGUCUGAUGAGCCUGAGUCCUUUUGGCAUGAAGAACCUGCUGCAUCACAUCCUCAGUGGCAAGGAGUUUGGGGUGGAAAAAAGCAUGCGGCCUAUCCAGUCAACAGCCACCAGUCCUGCCAUUUCCAUCCAUGAACUGGGACACACUGGAGCCACCAAAACGGAGCGUUCAGGAAUACACAAACUCAAGAGUGAGAUCAGACAGACUCUCAGCGGCGGCUUCUCCACAUGCAGCAAUGUCACUUCGCCGCGCUCCACGAGGUGCAGCAGCCCCUCCACCCCAAGUGGGAUGUUGUCCCCAGUGGGCUCUGGUGCAGGUGACGGACAGCUGCACUGGGAGGAGAGGCAAGGCCAGUGGCUGAGAAGACGCAGGUUGGAUGGUGCUAUCAACAGAGUACCGAUGGGUUUCUACCAGAAGGUGUGGAAGAUCCUGCAGAAGUGUCACGGUCUAUCCAUUGAUGGCUACGUGUUACCCUCUUCUACUACAAGAGAGAUGACAGCGAAAGAAAUCAAAUUUGCAGUGCAGGUGGAGUCUGUUCUGAACCAUGUCCCUCAACCAGAAUACAGACAGCUGCUGGUAGAGACUUUGACGGUUCUCGGCCUAGUAGCGGAUGUGGAUGUUGACAACAUUGGUGGCAUCAUCCAUGUGGACCGCAUCCUACACAUGGCUAACAACCUCUUCCUCAGCGACCAGAAAUCCCACAGCGCCUGCGAGUAUUUCCUGGAGAAGGAUCCAGCAACAGGCAUCUGCAACUUUUUCUAUGAUAGCGCCCCCAGUGGCCGCUAUGGCACCAUGACGUAUUUAUCCAAAGCUGUGAUCACCUACGUCCAGGACUUCCUGCCGACUACCAGCUGCAUGAUGCAGUGACUAACUGACUCCACUCCCACUGAUAAUCAAUAAUCAGUGAUAUUAAUAUCAGUGAUUAUUAUUAUAAGUAUUAUUUUAAUUGGGUGCACAAGGUGGAAUGUGGGAUUUUCUCUAAUUUACACAGGGUCAAAAUGAUACAUAUAUGUUCAAAUAUAUGUCAAGUUAUAUAUAUACUGCAUAUGAACCAGUACAUAUAUUUUUGAUGUUGUGUAAAUUUGAGAAAAAUCUCAACUUGUGCACCAAAUUCUUGCUUUUAAAAAUAAUUGAUCAUAUUUAAUUGAUCACCAGUGUGCCACCCUGUAUUGGAUUGAGUGUUUUGCAUGAUUGAAUUGUGCAUAUGCUAGUGUUAUUGGUGUCAAUAUAGUGAUGCAAUUGAUUCAUCUAAA